AAUCUCUCUUGGAGUGGGAAACUUUUUACGUAGGACAACUCCGCCUCAAGUACCUGUUAUAGCAAGUCGUCAUUUUCUGGCCUUUAUGAAGAAAACCGAAGUUAUAUUUGGAAGAUUUCAAGAUGCCUUAGUAGAUUAUAGAAAACUACAGAAUGGAAAGUAAUCAUUAAUCAAUUCCCUAACCCUGCCAUGUCCGUUGUAAUUUUUCAACAACCCAUCAAAGAAAGGCGAUUCACUUUUUUCAUUGGAUAUUUCCGUUUUGGUACCUUCACUUUAAAGACAUCUGCAUUUCAGAGACUUUCUUCAUUGCUUGAACGGUGCUAACGUAAGGGAAGGUUGGCAAGAUCUGCCGUUAUUCCUAGUACUGAUUUAGAUGCAACAGGUAUCCCGCUUAGCUCCUGAUAUAAAUUUUGUUACUGCAGCCCUGUUUAAUGGAGAGUAUUAAGGGAAUGAAUAAAUUUUCAAUCGGCUUUUCAAAUUUUUAGCAACACAUCAUUACUAUUGUUGGGGCUGAGUUGCUUGAUUGCAAACUCGAUUCUAACCCUCAAAAAGCAGUUAAAGUUGAAAGAACAAGUUCCAACAGGAAUUACGCAACUUGAUUCUUUUCCUUGAAAGUACGCCAACAGUGGCAGUCGAGGUUUACAGACCAAGAUAAGACCAAGUGUAUCCCUGUCAAAUACCCCGUUUCUAAGCUUAAAAAUAAUACGUAUUGGUUAACAUUCUUUCAACAGAAGCUAAGAUACUAUGCACACCAAAGCUGCCCUGGCUUGCACCCCCCUAGUAACCUUGGUUUUACCUGCUAAGCAUACAGUUAUUUAUCAUAAUUUGCUAUGUGUUUGGAACGGAAAAACCCUUUAAAAUUUCAUGCUUUUCGCGGUUUUCGUCGUUAGUAGUUUUUCUUCAAUUAUAAAUGGAACAGGUAAUGUAAAUUGAUAACAUGUCCAAGGAUUUGCAGGUUGUUCGAUUUAUCACAGUUAUCUCUGUAUUCAGAUGUCUAUCUUGUUUUUUUAUACGCCAUAGGUUGAUGACUUUGUGGCAUGGAGAUUUCAAUUUCGUGUUAUAUACCCAUUUUUCGUUGCGGUCGUUGCCAGAAGUGACAUAUCUCAAAACACUAAUGACAAUUUGCAAUCUAUGCCGUAACACUGCGCUUUGUUGCUACGCUGUGAUGAACUCACGGAACCCGAGUUGGAUGAAUCUAUAGAAGACAAGCUAAGGAAAGCUGAUGAACUCUAUCAUUGAUAGUGAGCUGACGUCACAAUGUUAUUGAAGCUGUUGGUCCUUUUUGCAUGCAUCUUUUUUGAAAGUGUAUCAGGUAGCUGCCCAGGACAGAACGAUACAUCAUGUGGAGUUGAUGCUAAUGCAACUUUCACCGAGGGUCGAGUAUUGAUACAGCUUAACUUUGAAACUGCUUUGAAACCUAAGUUACCCUACAGUGGCUGUGAUUCUAUACUUACCAAUAUAACAUUGGAUAAACUUGGACCAAGUCCAAUAUGCGCAUUCAUUGCCGAUCGACUACUUAAGGUUUAUCCUGAUCAUUCUGCAACGAUAAUUGAUGGAGACAGUAUAUACUUUCAACCAGAAAGCAUUCUCUACCAAAAUGGCACAGCCGCCGAUAUUGGACCGGUUUUAAUCAAAAGCGGAUCCGAUACAUCAUUCGUUCCGGAUUUGGUUAUAACUGAGGAUGGCUAUAGUUCCCAAUGUGUCGGAGACAAGUAUUUUGUAUCUGCGGAUUUAUCAGAAAAUUCUGGGUAUGCUUACUUCAAUAAAUUCAAGUGGAUGUUAGAGGAUCUCAGCGGAAAUGAGUCAGGAAUGAUUUCUGAAGCGAUGACCUAUUUGAGUGAGACAGCAGAAAAUGUAUCCGAAAUUUUAGUUACCAGUCCGGUUUUUGCUUCUAAUCGUUCCGUAUCUAUUAACGUUACCAACUUGUUUGGUGAAGCAAGUACAAAGAAUAUUGAAUUGAAGAAGCAAUCAGAUCCUGUUGCACGAAUUGCUGGCAGAAAGUACGUCGAAUUUUCUGAAAGCUCUGAAUAUAAUUUUGAGGCGGAAUUGAUCUUGUCACAAUGCGGAAUGGACCUAAAGAAUGUAACAUACAAUUGGAACAUACAAACAGCAGAUGGCGGCCAAAGUAUUCCAGCGGAAAACUUCACGUUUUAUGAUAAAUUUCUAUUGAUAAGACCAUUUUCUCUUUCUGCGGGAACCCGGUAUAAUGUAACUGUUUCAUUAACGUAUAGCUUGUCUGACACCAGUGAAGGGUCAGUCGCAGAUACUGUGUAUGUCACAGUUAAAAGGGAUCUGUUAGGUGCGGUGAUAGAAAGCGGUGACCGAGAAAUUGCAGCCACUCAGACUCUAGUUCUUCAAGGACGUGAGGCUUCUGCAAUCAACAGAAGGCUUUAUACUGUGAACUGGGCCUGUAAAGAUCUGGCUACUGGAGAUGAAUGUAAGAGUAAUGGCGGGACACCACUGGAAUUUGAAAACUCUACAGUCCUUGUUCUUCCAAUGACCCAAGGAAAUUUCGUCGUUGGUAAAAGGUAUGAAUUCAAGUUGACUGUCACUAGAAACUUGGAGGUGGCCUCUACAAGCAUAAAUGUCAAGAUUGUUUCUUCUGCUGUCCCGAUAUUAUCUGUCACUCCAUUGUGUCGUCAAUGUAGCCGUGAUAACGAUAUUUUCUUUCGUGGUAUUUUGCUAGCCAAUGGAGCAGUUAAUUAUGCAUGGCAGGUAACAGAAAAGAAUGGAAACACUGCUUCCUUAAGCUCGUCAAGUGGAAGCUUAUCAAAUGACCAUGUAAAUGGCUCUUUACCGUACAACACGAUUUUCAAAGUACCGAAGAACACACUUAAGGUUGGAUACGCAUAUGAGGUAAAGCUAAGUGCCAAUUCUCAGAGUCAUGCCAGCAUGGUUUUUGAGCUCCGUCUUCCUUCACGCCAUGGACAUUUUCAAGUGGAGCCGAAGUCCGGACUGGCUUUCAAUACGACAUUCCGUCUUAGAACCUACGCAUGGAUAGACCAAAAAGCACACAAGCCGUUUCACUACAGAUUUGGUUAUAUGAAAGGUGCAGAGUCCCGGUAUCUGACUGUUUGGCAAAGUAGCAACGUCCUGACCCGGACAUUUCUUCCACCCGGCCACCAGGAAGAUGGAAAUAAGCUGACCCUGUUCGUUCAGGUUCGCAAUGCUAUUGGUCUGAUUUUUGCAAGACAACAUGUCGUGACAGUUGAAAACCAGCAAGCUGCAAAUGAUGGUGAUCUGUACACAUCAUAUUUGCGAAUGGUUUCUGAGAAAGAUGUGAAUUCUAUGGCUCUUACGCUGCAAGGACUUUUCAAGACAGGCCUUACUGAUGAAGUUAAAAGAACCGGGUUUGAGUCAUAUCUGAAUGCAAUAAAGACUGUGCCACUGAUGCCGAACUUUUCUCCAAUUGUCCUUGACACGAUCAAAGUUUUGCUAAAUAUGGUUAACAGAAGUGAAAGUAUAAUCACUAUGGAUAUCAAGGAGACAAUAGCUUCGCUCCUAUUGGACAUGACAGGACGCAAGGCACGUGAUAAUUCAGUAGGGAAAUUGAACGGUGUAGAGGUAAAGGCGAUACUGGAUAUUUUUCAUGGUAUUCUCCCAAUACCCGGACACAAAACAGCAAGCCACACGAAUAUCGCCAAGUCAUUCAUGAAUGCAGCAAAAAAUCUUGUCAAUUCCUUAUGCUAUUCAAGUCUGAAAGACAACAGUCUCAAUAAUUUGGAAAACUCGUUGAUCAAAAUAUCAUCCAGAAUCAGCGAUUUUGCAAAUGAUGUUGAUGUGGCUGGCAUGUUUUCUGUCAGCAAAGACUUUAGACGCCGGUUCAUAGGAGAUACAUGCUCCGGUUCCAAAUAUGUCGACUGUAUUGGCAUAUGCUCCUCUGUCAGAACAUACAAAGAUGCUAAGUACUUUGAAAUUAACGAAAGCACCCUAGUAACCAAUAUUCAUGUAGGCCAACUGAUCGAUUCAAAGAGCGGAAGAAGCUUAGCUCCAUCAGCAGAGAGCAGUGAUUUCAAAUUCACAGUGCCUAUUUCUGGGUCAUAUAACAAGGAAACAGAGAGCGUAAAGUGUGUGAUGCAAGAUCCUAGCACGCUGUCGUGGAGUACCGAAUUUUGCAACUCUACGGUGAAAAUUGGCUCUGGAAGUGUCGAAGUCUUGGAUUGUACAUGCAGAAAGUUGUAUUUCCUUGCUGGGAUGAAGGAGAUGAGCCCCACCACACCACCCCCGAUGACGUCUACCGCUUCUUCAAGUGCAGCACCAGCACCAAGUACAUUAGCAACAACAAUGAAGCCAACUCCUUCACCAGCAGAUGUGAUUACAAUUGUUCUAAAAGCGAACUGCACCAAACACAUAAGCGAUCAUGCCAGUCAACAAACGUUCACUAACAGUCUAAUACUAAGCCUCGAGUACCAGCUUAAAAUCGACAAAUCCAGAAUAAAAGUAUGGAGUCUAUCAUGUGGAAGCAUCAUAGCUAACAUUACAAUAUCAGAUCCAGACCCAUCACAGUCCAGCGAGCCCUCCAAAUCUGAUGCAAUGAAUUCACUGCAAAGUCUGCUAGCAACAGGGUUGAUGCGAGUGCCCCUAAAUGAUGGUAGCUACUUAGGGGCAGUUGCUCCUGGGGUCAGCUUGAAGACACCUCCCCCUCCAACUACAAUUAUCACUACAAUUCCCCCAGUUCCAGAGCUACAGACAAACUGGAUGCCGAUGAUGGCAUCUUUUGCCCUUAUUCUGGUUCUCGUGAUUGGUAUUGCCACUUUUAUUGCUUGGCUUCAUGGGCGAUAUUACAAGAAAAAGCGCUUCACAGAUAUCAAUUGCGACAAGAUAAAACCGAAAAAGGAGAGUCCGGAGGAGCCUUUUGAGAACAUGUCCCGGAAACAGAAAGCAAAAAAAUUUGACACGAUUAUGGAUGAAUCAAUUCAAAAUGCUGAAGUACCAGAUAUUAUCGUCGCUGCUCCCGUUUCUUUGAAGAGAACUCGAGGAAGGUCGCGAAUAACUCCAAUUCAAGAAAACUUUCCAAGCUCUGUUGCUGCUAGCAGAAGUAACUUUUCGGCGGCUAGAGAUGUGCCUCGCCUCGCACUUGACGAUUCUUCUUCAGGCUCGGAAGCCGAGACGUCGUUCACCGAGAGACCAAAAAGCACUGUCUCGCAAAAAGUUCGAACGAAAAGUGCUUUGUCUGUGAAGUCACGGGGAAGAAGUGCGAAGCAUUCUAAGAACCAUUUGCAGCCUGAUUCUAGGAUCGGUGAUAGACCAACCUCAGGACACUCUGUUGUCAGCACAACUGAAAGCACGCAAAAUCUGGUUGUCUGAAUGCUCAAGUAACUUUACUUAGUGGUGCCAAGGCAAUAUAGAGCUAGUUUUUUUAAUGCUCCUGUUGGAUUUGAAACUUUGAAACUUUGAGGGGAUGAAGGCAUAGCUAUGUUUUACCUGAGGCACUCAUACCCAUAUCGAUUGCGUGUAUGGCGUUGUUAAAAUUACAUUUGUCUGACAUUUUUUUUAAACUCUAGAGUGGUUUAGGCUGUAACAUGUAGCUUUGUCGAAAUGCCACAUUUGCUCAUGAAACGUUCGACUAGUUUUGCUUUUUUCUAUGUUUGCAGCUGCAUAGUUUGCUAGUUUAGUUUGAGAAGUGUGUUAGCUUCAACACAGUAAUAGAAUUAGCACAACUUUGCAAAGCAAACGCAAGUAGAUAAAAUUAAAAAGCAAACACAUUCUAGAAAAAUUUGAAUUCACUUGAAAUGCUGGUAUAUUGCGUAGGAAUUAUGUUGAUAAUAUGAUGACGGCAAUCACAUUUUGGUCGUAAUUUGUUUGUAUAAUUAAGAGCAAGUUAAUCAGAUCUCAAUCAAGUGUCAGCCGUAACCAGGUUAGUUGGCUAACAACUGGUCAUGAUAUCAGCUGGCAGAGAUGGUCAAAACAAAUUUGUUAAUUAUGCAUGUGAAAUUGAGCUUUUAUGCCGAGAGUCAGUAAACAUGUCACGAUAGCCUAAAUGCUUGAUAAACUUUUAAAAUAAAUAGGGACCAGGGAGAAUUACAUAUAAGUUAGUAGACCCAAAAACGUUUUACACUGGGUACUAGGGGGAGGAGUAAAUAUGGUUGUUUUAUUACUGGCACGGUGUCUGGCGAUUGAAUUGUGUUUUAUGGUAAAAAUAUGGCCACAAUACUUUUGAAUUGAUGGUAUCGUUAAGGAAAAAAGGCAUCAUCUCUCCACAUUUCCAUCCUGUAGAGCUGAAUUUAUUUUAACUGCGAGAGUGAAGUAAACGAAAGACAUCUAGGUAGUUGUAAAAGGGAUAUAUAUUUGCUAUGCCCGCAGUUGUUUAUCUCUUAAUUGUAGAUAUUAAUCUAAGUUCCAGCUUUGCUGUGUCAAAACUGGAAAUGUAUCAGCAAAGUGUAGGUAUAAAUGUAGAUACGUAAUAACUGUAAUAAAUGUAGGUAUAAAUGUAAAUUAUGUAAUAUGACAAGCAAGUAGCAGCAAUACAUGUUCUUUGUAUCGGCUUAUGCGCUGUAUGGUUGUUAAUAAAUAAAUUUGCGUUAAACUAAUUAUGUAUAUAUGUGUAUAGAUUGUUAUUAUGUUAGUGAGCAAGCAAUUUUGCAAUUCAA